CUCAAUAAAAUCACUCUCAAAUCUAUACCCACAAUUCGGCUGAUCGAGAACCAUUACUUGGCCGAUGUCUUGUUCUAUUUCUCUAAAGAUAGAGGACAGGCCAUCAUUGACAAUAUAACUCAUCUAUUCAACACUUCGUAUGAGAGGUAUUCCCUUGGUGGUAUCAUUACUUGGGAUAUUCUUUCACAUCAACGGGAGGAAGAAGCAGAAACUUUUACUGCGGAAGAGCGGGCCAAUUAUGAUAAACUCGACAUUAAGUAUCCAAGACUGAAAUUCAAGCCUCAUUAUUUCUUCAGCUUGGGUUCACCGAUAAGCGCUGUACUUACAUUUAGAGGACAAGAUCCAAAAUUUUACCAUCCUAAUUUUGAUACCCUUCAAUUUGAGAAUAUUUUCCAUCCAUUUGACCCACUAGGAUACCGAUUUGAGCCACUGUUCAAUGAUUAUUUUAUUGAUAAACCAGCCGUAUUAGUAGAAAGAUCUAAGGGUAAAACCACACAUGGGGAGGUUGCUGUUGGAACCAAUAGUAAUCAAGAUAAAGAUGACAAGGAUUCGAAGUCUCUCUAUGAUGGGAAGUCAAACGCAGCCGAUGACAUGACCAAGAAUAGAAAUGGCAGUCAUACAGACGAACAUAGUGGUACUGGCAAUAUUUGGAACGAUUUAGAAAUAGAAAUGAACAAGCCAGGUCCUGCCAUCACUAACCCGGGUGAGUCCAAAGCAGAUGUUGCUCAAGAUGCUACUUUACCUAAAAGCAACCCUGAUACGAAAGCUAAAAAAGAACAAAAAGAAACGGAUACAGAUGAAGACGACAUAUAUACGGCUUCCUUUUUACCAGGAGGCUGCCGUAUAGAUUACGUUCUGCAGCCGGAGAGCGUUAUGUCUAUGAUAGCCAAUGAGUACUUGAUUGGAUUGCGGGCACAUUUUUCGUAUUGGACGAAUAAGGAUUUUAUCUGGCAUAUGUUGCGUCGAAUUGAUGAGCAGCUACAUGAAAUAGCAAUCGAGGUAGAGGCAGAGAAAAAAAUUAGCAAGAAAGAGAAGCAACGGCGGACGAAGCAAAAAGCGAACACAGCUGCGUCUGAUACUGCUACCGCAUCUGCUUCUUCUAGCUCACCAGCAAUGACUCUUGUAGCAACAGAUGAGGCUGAAGAUGCAAAUGGAUUUAGCGGUAAUAAUGAUAGUAGCGACGUUAAGAGAACAACAGCUGUAAUAAAUAGCAGCCCAUCAAUUAAAUCUAUCAAUAAUAACAGCAAUAAAAGUAUACCUAAGUCAGCAAGCAACAAUAUCAAUUCGAAAAAGAAAGGAACUGAUUCGCCAUCUCUUAUCAUAAAUAUGGAUGAUACUCAUCUACAAAAGAGAAUCAAAUAA